AGAAGGGAACUCUGUAGAAACCAUCCAGUCUGGGCAGAGCCCCCACUCCGCUGGCCUGGAGAGCCACGAAUCCGGCGCGCGUCCUCCCCACCUUGCCCACCAGGGGGCGACAAGUCCCUGUUAAGGGGUCGCGGGCCGCAGAGCUGGUGGGAAAUGGUUGAGGGGCGUGCGUGGGUCAGCGUUCCUUGGGGACCCGUGAAGCCUGGGCUUAGGGCUCACAGCGGGGGUCCCCAGCACAGACAGGAGGCGGACAGCUUCCCGUGAACUGCAGGGGAGUCCCGGGACGCUGUCCUCCAGCGAGGUGGGGACCGGCUACGUCCCUCAGUUCCCCCCUCGGUCCUCGGGCCACAGGGACAUUAGACUAGGGGAUCAGUUCUUCCAGCCCUGCUCAGGCCUCUUCUGACCAGAGGAGCUGCGACCGACGGGGAGUUCAGGCCUCUUGGCGACCGCGGUCUCCUGAACUCGACCCCCUCCCUGCUCCCAUGGGGAAGAACCCCGCCCCUAGAACGGCCUCCCCUCCAGGUGUCUCCCCUACACUACCCCUCCGCCGGCCGGGCACUCUGCCAGCCCUAGGGAGGCAGACCCUGCCCCUUCUAGCGCCUCCCCUGCUUGGACCUGGUCCCCGCCCCCGGCCGCCUGCCAGCCCCGGAGGCGUACACGUGGUAGAUCCCGUCAGUCCCGGAAGUCUCGCGUUACUCAAACGCCUCGCGCAGUCGCACUUGCCCUCAGGGAAGGGGCGGGGUGAACGGAAGCCGGGAAGGAGAUUCGUGGUUCGCGGGGUGUGGGCGCGCGUGCGCACUCCGCAGCCCGUUCAGGACCGCGGCGCUGGCAGGGCGCCCACGAGCCGGCAGGUUGGUUGCGCCCCCAUCCUUCUUUCCCUGGGACCUGGGGUCGCGGUUACUUGGGCUGGCCGGCGAACCCUUCAGUGGCCUGGCGAGGAGCAGGCCUCGCGCGCCUGGAAGGCUCUGUGGAGCGAAGAGAACAGCGGCUUGCUCUGUUUCCCAGGCUAGAGUGCAGUGGCGCGAUCCCGGCUCACUGUAGCCUCGAACUCC